UUUGGCAACACGGAUACGCAUGGAGCCUCCAUCACCCCCUGUCCCUUUUUACGCACCGAGUCCGAUAAUGCGCGCAGGUACAGGGGCCCUGAACGCCACAUUUCGACACUUCGCACUGAUCAAUUAAUCUCCUCUUAUGGACUAAUAUGACACAAGUGGAUGCAGAGGUCUGACACAGCCAAGACAGGAGGCAUAUUUCUUGUGCAUCGUUUCUUGUUUUCCCUCCCCUCAUCACCGGAGCGUCAAGCAUGGACGUCUUAGCGAACCACAGUAUCUUUCAGGAACUUCAGCUCGUCCACGACACCGGCUACUUCUCCGCCAUGCCUUCGCUGGAGGAGAACUGGCAGCAGACCUGCCUAGAACUGGAGCGUUAUCUGCAGACGGAGCCCAAGCGUCUAUCAGAGCUCUUCGACCAAGACCUGGAUGGCCUCCUGACUCCGGCUUACCUGAAGGAGGACGCCGAUGAGGAGCUGACAGACGCCCUGCUCCCCAGCCUCCCAAUCCUCCCGGAGCCCCUGAGCCCACCUCCAGUCCUCCUCUGCCCAACGCGGAAGAACUUCCCCUCCACCGGUGCAAUGAAAAGAGACCUCAAACUUAAGGCCCAGGGUCUGGAGAACGUAGAAGCGAUGGAAGGGGUCCACCAGGCCCAGCUGAGCGCCGUCACCUCCCUGACGCCCCCGUCGUCGCCGGAACUGGGUCGGCACCUCGUCAAAUCCAACCAGACACUGACGGCCUCGGCGGACGGGACGCUUACCCUGAAGCUGGUGGCCAGGAAGGUGGGGCUCAGCGCGGCGAGGCUGGUGGCGGCUCACGCUCUCCCCGUGCGGAUGAAGGACGAAGAGGAGGGGGCGGCGUGCGUUAUCGGGGUGGGGGAGCUACCGGAGAACAAGAAGAGGAUCCACCGCUGUCAGUUCAACGGCUGCAGGAAGGUGUACACCAAGAGCUCCCACCUAAAGGCCCAUCAGAGGACGCAUACAGGUGAGAAGCCGUACAAGUGCUCGUGGGAGGGCUGCGAGUGGCGAUUCGCCCGGAGCGACGAGCUGACGAGGCACUACCGCAAACACACCGGCGCCAAGCCUUUUAAGUGCAACCACUGUGACAGGUGUUUCUCGCGGUCGGAUCACUUGGCGCUACACAUGAAGAGGCACAUCUGAGAGAGGUCAGCGGGAGAAGGGGAUGGAGGCGGAGUGGAGGAACGAGAGGGAGCAUCAUCUGCAGGAAAAAAAACAACAACACCAUGGAUGUGAGAGAGAGAGAGAGAGAGAGAGAGCGAGAGAGAGAGAGACACACACACACACAAAGUGGGAUGGACUCAAAAGAACACCAGAUUCUGGACUGGAUGGAGAGGCACCACACGUGGGACGCUGACUACAGACAGAAACCGAGACGGACAGACGGACGCAUGCCUGGCGGCGUCUUGUCAAUCUGCGCUCAACCAGUUGGUCCGUGGUUCUACAGUGACACGGGGCCACCUCAUAAAUGUCUUGCAAGGGACGGUACAGACGCUCCAUCCCACCCUUCGUAUGCGUCUCAGAGGGGGGUGUCACGCGACUGAUGGUGGACCACGUGCCUGUAGUCGGCAGCUGUUUGUCGCAGCCGUCCUCGCGGUCUUAGCAGUCGUCCCUCGUGAAACGCUUCCAAAAUGUCGGCCCUGUUCGUGCAGCAGUGCGCCGCUCACCGGCGGGCUCACCACUGGACCAGUUGUACAGUAAUGCCCCGCGUGCUGCUUGUAUAUUUUCCUCUUCUUAGAAUGAACCUUGAGCUGAGGAGAGCAGUUAUUUUCCACCAGUAGCUGAACGGCGUCAUCUCACAGGGUAAGCGAGCAAGAAAGCAGACUUUCUCUCCCUCAGACCUGCCACAGCCUUUACAAAUCGCCAAAGGGUUAUUCAUUUUUAUCUAUAGGACAGAUAAUAAUUUGUCAAUUUUUCAUCCGACCUUUGUCACAUCUGCCAACUGGAUCCAUUUAUAAAUCCUUCUGGUCCGAUGGCAUCGGAGCACUUGUUUGAACGGAGCGUUAGAUUGGAUUUCUCAAAGACUUGAGGACGGGAGUGUGUUGCACUGAUGUGCUGUGAAGACAGAUUGAGGUCAUCCAGAGGACUGGGUUGCUUUAUGAACAUCAUCCAUUGAGGGUUUUCCACAGGAUGAGGCUCACUAAUCUACUCUGGGAAAGGCAGUUCAUCUCCUAGAAUGUCAUCUGACACCGAGCGUCUCAGGAGAUGCUGGAUGCCUCCUAAGAGCGGUUUUACUCUCCAGCAUCUCGGCUCCUACGAUUUGUUGUCAGGAACUGUUGCACAAUUGACUCUUUGCAAACUUUUUGUAAAAAAAAAAAAAUGCCCCACCGUAUUGGACUGGGAGACAAUUCGGGACUCACCAAACGCUGGCUUGCACGUGCAGUCGGAAGUGCGGACAGCCACAUGCACAAGUCCAAAGCAGCUAGCUGACUGCGAUAGCACACCGAACGCAAACAAGAUCACUAUGUAUGAUAAAGGCUCUAUUGUUUCUAAGAAAAGAUUCUCGUUUUUUGUUCAAAACUUGACAAUUUAAAAGACCAUUUUGAAGAACACAUGGAUGCAGCCAAAAAGACGAGUCUACUGUUGAUGCCUGAAAUGAUCUCGCCUUUGAGAGUGAUUGGCACCCAACUAGCCGCCGGGCUGAGGAGGGGUUUUUUUGUCCUGUUUGCACCACCCAUGCAGAACUCUUCCAAUUUAGCAGCUCUCAGACUUCAUUUCAGAAAAAAAAAAAGCAGCAUUCAGCUCUCCUAAUCGGACCCUAUGCAUAUCCAAGAGCAUCCUGCUGACUUCCUGACCACACAUGUAUGUCUGAAUGCAGAUUGAUGGACACGGAAGGACUUUGUAGGAAAGACACAAAUUCAAUCAAUUGGGUGGCUCUUCUCAGAGCAAAUCAAUGUGAAUGUAUCUGUUGUAAGUCUGUACAUGUUGCUAGGCCCAUGAAAAGAACAUUUGUGUUGAUACGGUAGAUUCUCAUUCUCACAUUAGAAAUAAAUGACUCGACUUGGAAUAACUAGCUAGUCGCGGCUGGGAGCUUCUGGCAUUUUGCUGGUCGCACUGGACCAAGCGGGGAGGUCGCGAGUGCAGGUUUCCAGUGGGUGGCUGAAAUGGGUAAGUGGAGGAACAGUCUGCUCCGUCAGCAAAUGAUAACUGCCCCAUCAGCUCAUGAAACUGCAGCGGAGUCAAGCUUACACAGGAGACACAUACAUGAACUCCCAGAAAACUGGAAUUUACAUUUGUCCUUGGCGAUCUUGCUCUUGCCCCGACAGAACAGAGACACGUCACAUCUAGUUUUUGCUCUGCGUCUCGUCUUUAAUCCACAAAUGGAUUUCGGAUGAUCAUCGACCCAACUCAAGCGCACAUAAAACAAACAGGCAGCUCGGGCGAAAGGAGAUUGUCAGGAUUCUUACUGACAUGAUUUGGAACAACUAUUUCAAGGUGUUUAUUCUCUAUUUUACAAGACUUGUAACACUCGCAGUGAAGCACACAAGCAGGCUGCUUUUUGGCAAGGGAGGCAGUAAAUUGAUUUCACUCUGUAUGCCAGAGGCGCAUUUCAAUUUUGGGUAUGAAUGCAUUCCAGCUCAAUCAUAUCUAGACAUGAUCUGUCUGCGGCUCUGGAAGUAGAAGCUCCUGCUUCGCAUAAAUAUUGAACUCUCUCUGUCUAAACGCGCAAAUAUGCCAGGCUCGCUUUUAUGUUGAACACCGAUGUGACAAGCCUCCACUUGCAAAGACAUGAGGGAGGGAGAAAGCAACUGGUAUACGUUUUAACUGCUGGUUUAUUUUCAAGAAAACCAAAAACUCAUCACUGGCCAUCCGGUUGCAGCUUCAACACUAUCAGUGCUACCAUUUUUGCGUUGGUUGGUGUUAAUAAAAACGAUAGAAAGUGACAAGCAUUUGGUUUGUAGAAGGAGUUCAGGUGGGAAUAUUCCAGCAGGUUUGUGGUUUUCCUGCGUAGCCAGACUCUCCUUGUGGAAGAUAAAAUGAAGAAUAAGCAGUUUAACCCAUGGGUUCAAAUUGUAUCAUCAAUGGCAGCUCUACUUGUGUGUUUCAGUUUUUCAACGGGUCACACUCCUGUUGAACUGAAUGGUUGUGAAUGUGUGGGAAUGUGCAGCACUGGAGUGUCUCGUUUUUUGUUCAUGUCUUGUACCAAUCAUAGAGGAUUUUUUUGGACUCAAACAAUGAAUGUGUUCUUCAUGUUCAUCGAGACUUUAAGGAGCCAAGACAUGGAAAAAUAUUCCAAAAGUGACGGGGACAAUUUCAAAAUUUGGAAUUUUCUCGAGCUCAAAGACUGCGAUUUUCAAAAUGUGAAUGUGUUUUUCUGGAAAAAAAGGUUGUUUCAUGUCGUCUCGGAGGAUGCGGUUCAGUUCGGUGUCAUCUUAAUGAAUGAUUGUCAAUUCUGCCGUGCCUGUGUGUUCUUCGUCUGUUUGUAUUUGCACUCUGAAUUUUUGGGAAAGAUCACUUGCAUAUGUGAUGUUUUCCGUCCGCCUGUACACAACACUUCACACGACGACCCCCGGGUGAUGAAACACUGAUCACGAAGUCUGUAUAGUAGCUGUUUUUUUAGCACAAAUGUACACACUCAUGCUACACGGAUUCACACACCAAACGACAUGCAUGCAGACACUCCCUGAACACACAGAUUCAUACAAAAACACACACACACACAGACACACACACAUACAUGCACAAGCACAUCCUGAACGUACUCACACACACACACACUCUACUGUCCGUUAUUCUUAUGUGUGUUUUCACAGUUUUUCCAUGACCACCUCGUGAGAGUCAGAGAUCCAGACUGCAGCUCUUGGGGGGAUGGGGGGGACGACGACAUGCAUUACUAUGUGUGACACCACCUCUGUUUCCACCGGGUCUGAAUUUCAAAUCAAACGAACCCCCUUUUUUCUACCAGCACUCCCCCAUUGCUCUCCCCCCUCCUUCCAUUUUCUCAGAUAUGAUCCCUUUCAACUCCUGUCCUCUGUCCGACU